AUUAGCUCACCGCAAUAUGACCCCAGCUUCUGUAUCGGCAUGGAGACCAACAAAAUCCAUAAUCUCUCUCUCACACACUCAUAGAGGGACACAACAACAACAACAGUCAUCUGCACUGUAACUAUGGGUUUUCCCGAUAUUACACAAACUGCUCCGUGAUUUCACUUCCCUACCAUGGAAAACCAAGAUCAUAUCCUGCCCUACACAUGCAGUGAUGUCUGAUGCUGUGCCUCACGGUGAAUGCUUUCAAGCCUAGACUACAGACUCAAGUAUUCCAGGAAUACCUCGCUGUAACGACUAACGUGUACUGAAAUACUUCCUGUCUCACAUGGCGAAACCAUGGUCAUCCUAUCCUGGAUCUUCUCGACAAGAAAGAAGCGGAAGUGACCUAAAGGGACACGGAAGACGCGAGGAGAAGACUAGUGGUCGGCCGGCAGCACUUUUUUCCAGAACCAAGAAACGUGGGUCUGCGCAUGCGCAGAAGCCUGAGAAGUUUGCGGAGAUAAAACUCGCCGGAGAAGAUGACAGCGAAGACGAUAGGACACCAGUGUUUGAGAUUCUGCAGCAACUGGACGAGAAGCUCAGAGAACGUGACGAAGAUGACCCCCACGAGGUCUUCAACGACUGGUGUGCGGGUCACGCCGCCUCCCAGUUCCCAGGUAUCUGGAUCAAGGCUAUCGCCGUUCCACCCAGCAUCCUUAGUGUCAGUCCUGUGAAGGUUCUAGAAACACCCAAGACGAAUUCUGUCUCCUUCUUCACUGUCCAGGGACAGGAGAGCGACCAGAAGGGGCGACAAGCAAUGAUCAAGGUCUUCGCGGCGUUCUGUUUGCUGAAUGAGAGUAUGGAGCGAGAAGGUCGACCCACCAUGUUCGUCAUGGCUAACGUUCACUCCGACAACGUGCUGGGCUGGUUGAAACGAGGCCAACGGCGGGACAAGACACUGGAGGACAGACUUCCUCACGUUUUCAAGUGGGAAUCGUACACGUGCCUCCCAGGCGGAAGGCAUGUUGAUGAUAUUAUCGUCGUGCACAAAGACAGAAUUCUUCUUGUGCAGGUGAAAGCCGUCGGAUCCAGCGAGAGCAGCAGGCGACCGGAAGUGGUUCAAAAGAGCGUCCAGAGUGCCUGCAAGCAGCUAGAGGAAGGUCGCGCCCACUUCAACACGCUCAUGGGCAGGUCACGUGACCCUCAAGACGACCAGGUGCAGCUCGUUGUGGCCACGCCCAUGUUGUCACGUGAACACAGUGCAGGCCUCUCGCAAGAUCAGCAGGUCCACCUCCUGUGUCGAGACGAUCUGUUCGAGGACAACAUCACGGAGGCUGCGGGAGAGAGGGACAUCUCCAAGUUUCGUGCUUGGUGGGCCGCGCUGCCCUCAGCCACCCCAAACCUUGAAGCUAAGCGCAUGUCAGAGACUGUGGGCAAGUACGUUGGGCUUUUGUCGACGCCGGUAGUCAUUAAAAAGGGCAACGAGCAUCACUUGUAUCGUCAUCCUCAUCAAAUGAUCACCGUGACCUCUCGCCUUUUCAGACGAGAUAUUCUGUCCGAGAAACAGAUAAGGGGCAUGGAGGAGUUCGACUCCGAGAAAUUUGUUUAUCUCAGCGGGCCUGAGGCGUCAGGUAAACUACAGGUGAUCCUCCGCAAAGCCCACCUGUUCGCCGCCGCAGACCCCGCUAACCGCGUCAUCGUCCUGACCAUCACCUGCGGGUCCGCGACCUCCUGCAUCGACAGCCUCGUGCUGCGCAGCCUGGAGCAUGCCAUUCCACAGCAGGUCACAGCCCUCUGCUUGGACACAUCCGAAGUCAAGCGUGAAGAGGACCUCAGGUCGAAGGUCAACGGUGUGACGUCAGAAGGCGUGCGGAGCGUGCUGUUCCUCGUGGUUAACCUGCCGCCAAAGAAUGUCUGCGAGCCGAUGCUGAAGCUGCUGCGCAGCGUGUACCCAGAAUUCAGCAUGUGGUGCGCAGGUGCUCUCAGCGACAAGCCAGACAGUUUCCGGGCGUUCCCCAUGGAGAUGCUGCUGAGAUGCCCGCCGGCCGUCCAGCAUCUUCUCCACCACGUCGACUGGAAGGCGGAGCGCAAAGCCUGUUACGUCACGGAAGCCACCCACCUGGAAACCCCCACCACAGGCCCCACCCCCUUGUGCAUCAGGCACGAGCGUCACUCGCCUCGGGGCGAAGUAAUCAACUGCGCGCGGUGCGCAAAUGAAAUAGUCGCCAUUUUACGAGAACUGGGACAGUUCCAUCCAGCACCAAAGAGCACCACAGAGCACCACAGCGCACCACACGUAUCGGAGACCUGGAAUUUUUCUGUCACAACACACCUGUCAGCGUUUGAAGUGCCUGUCGUUAUCCAGCUCAACCUUCCCCGUUACCUGUACAGGAAGGAGGGAAAGAUGCUGCAUGUGGAGAGCCAGGAUUACCACAAGUACAUGGACCGUGUCCGACGCUCUGUCUUUCUCCAGGCGCUGAGACAGAAGGGGCUGAAGGCAGAGGUGAAGGUCAAGCUUUCCUGCAACGACUUUGACGAGGUCAGAGUCCGCAACACUCUCCUGACCACCUGGGUGCACGACUUUGUUGGGCUGGAGAGUGGUGUGGUCAUCUACCUGCCAGGCGACGAGGCUGCCGGGUCGAAGGGUGAGGUAAAGGUCGAGGGGCAUGACGUCCAGAGGGAGAUUCCUGUCCCGGGAGUUUUUAAAGAUACAUCAGCUCCACCGUCAGGUUCCGACGAACACGUGACAGCAGACGAAGACAGGGGUCAGAGGGCGCGAGACGAAUGGGCAAGAGCCUCUGCGGAGGAGAGUGGUGACGUGUCGUCAAAGGAGGAGUCGAUGAUCAUGUCGACGCGGUACUGGAGACGGCGCGACCUCCAGCGGUUCAGUGAGUGGGACAAGACUGGCAUUCUGUUGGCAGGAAGCACCUGCCUGGCCCAGCUCAUUCUCCUUGUCCCGUAACCACGACUCUCACCUGCUUGACUACAAACAAUCAAGACAAUCCACCCACACACUGACGAUACCUACCAACAAGCACUCAACUAUUCUCCUGCAAUGUAGGCCUCUGUAGAUAAAUAAACAUAUUAAUGUUUCGUUACAACAUAUUUGACAUCAUUUAACAAGUGAUGUCAUGGUGUCACAUUACUAUAUAUAAAACAUGUUUAUUAUUUUUAACAAAUGUUAGAAAGUUUCACAAUUUGUUUAGAAACACUUUUCGUAUUAAUAUCCGUGUGUACAUUGAUGAGAACAUUUUUAAUAAAGUUUACAAAUGGGUAAAAGGUCAAAUUGUCUUUAAUUUAAUAGAGAAAAUAAAACAUUUGGGAUGGAAA